AUGUUUAACUUGGGAGGAGCGAUGAAAAAUAUUACAGCUAAGGCUGAAGAAUUAGUAGAGGAAAAGAAACAUGCUGCAACUUCACUUCUUGAAAAACAAGUCAAAGAAACCGGUGAGUUCUUAUCUAACACGCUCAACGAGGCAGAAGGCAAAGCUGUGAGUGCCGCAGAAGAGGCGAAAAAGGCAGCUGUGGACGGUUUUGACCAGGAGGUCGAGAAACUUGCUGAUAGUGCCUUACAGGAGACUUCUAAACACAAUAUUGGUGGUGGUGGUUUAUUAGGUGGAAUUAAGAAUUCAAUUGGUCAUGUUGCUAGUAAAAUGGAGAGUAAUAUCGAGGGCGCAGCAAGUGCGGUGACCCAUAAAUUAGACGAUUCGGUUGUCGGUAAGGUAGCUCAUUCGGUAGGGGAUAAAGCCCACCAAGUGACUGAUAAAGUCCACGAAGCGGCCGAUGGAGUGACCCACACUGUGCAGGGAGUCAAAAGUACGGUGAAGGGAGUAGCCAAUUCGGUGAAAGGAGUCUCCAGUAUGAUUCAAAGCACUACUAAUGGAAUGGUAAGUACAGCGCAAGGGAUGGUUAACACGCUAGGCAUUGUAGCCGGAGGGAUGUCCACUGCAAUGGGUAGUAUGACCAGUGCAAUGGGUGGUAUGACCAACGGUAUGAACGGCAUGCUUAGCGGAAGUCUCGCUGCUUCGAAGAUGGCCCUUUUGUUAGCGACCAAGGUCGUACCUGUGGCCACGACUGUUCUCAACCAGACGACAAAAGUCACGGGAGUGAUAUUCGGCAGAGUGGUGCCCAAGGAGACACCCGCCGCACCGGCACCCGCCCCUGUUGCCGCCGCCCCGGAACAACAGUCGACCGUCGGCCAGGUGGCGUCCGAGGCCAAGACGCUGGUGGACAAGACAGCCGCCGAGCUGAAACCGGCCUUAGACCAAGCGGUGCAUGACAAGAUCAACCCGUUGGCGCAGGACCUGGCCAAGAAGCUGCAGCCGAUCACAGGCGACGUGUCCUCGCACAUCAACACGGCGCUGACUGAUGGCGUCAAGCAGUUGAAUCCGUUUGUCGACCAAAUGUCGACGACGGCCAAAGGAUUCGUCGACGAUGCCGCCAAACAGGUGAGCUCGGCGGUAGACGACAAGCUCAAGGAGGCUGACCAGUUGUUCAGCGAUAAGCGCGAAGCUCUCGGGGAACCGGCCAAGAGCAUGAUGUCCAAGGCCAAGGGAUUGUUCGGCUUGAGAUGA